AUGAGUAUCGUCCCACCGCACUAUAAUGACGGCAAUCGAGCCUUCCUGCAAGCUUUCUUGGCUCGCGGAACCCUUACAUUCGAAGAGGCACAGAUCGUUCUGGCCGAAAUAUUUACCAUUGAGGCCGAAGACGGCGAGCCGGUCGCCCCCGAACAGAUCACCCAACAAGACUUCGAUUCUUACCUGGAAGCCGCCGCCGAAGCCGUUUCUUUCUUCGACUACGAAAUCCGGAGCACCGUCCACCAAGUCUCCAAGAAACGCGUCUACGCUCUCGUCAACACGGCAUCCGACCCGAUGACACAGCUUGCGACCACCUACAAUGCCGAACAGAUCGCCUUUACCAAGAGGCUACUCGAUGCCAUGUUUGAGACGUACAACUCCCCGCGCAUGGAGCUCAUGUGCAUUACGGAGAUGCAGGCCAUUAAGCUUGCCCGCCCUCCGCGGCAGCAAAACAAUAACAACGACGUCGACGUCGACGAGGAUGGAGCACCGACACAAACGCAGUCUUCCGCGGAUAAGGGACUUAAGCACAGCGAAGUGGAAGAUAUGCUAGCGAACCUGGUGAAUCAGGGCUGGCUGGAAAAGUCCAAGAACGGGUAUUAUAGCCUCAGCCCCCGAGCACUACUCGAGCUCAGAGCGUGGCUCAUCGACUCAUACAACGACCCCGACGCGGCAGCGCAGGAGUGGCAGCGCAUCAAGUUUUGCGAGGCGUGCAAGGGGAUCGUCACCGUUGGGCAAAGAUGCGCAGAGAGAGACUGCAACGCACGCUUGCACCACAUGUGCGAAGACGCAUACUGGCGAACGCAACGCAGCCACAAGUGCCCUAGAUGUUCGAGAGACUGGGACGGUGAACACUACGUCGGGGAGGAAGCAGAGACCAGUACGGAGGCCUACAAGAGGAGCCAUCGUAAAAGCGGAGGCAGGAGAAGCAAUGCGGCAGACGAAGACGUGCACGAGAACGGUGGAGAUGAAGACGAGGAUGAGGCGUGA